UUUUUUUUGGUUUCUUUUGUUUCAGAUUUUUUAAACAUCUUGAGCAGAACUGAGCAGAACUCAGCUGAAUCACAAUGACGGCGAUGAUGAGCUGGGGUGGUCUGGGAUCUCUUCAUCCUUUCCCAGCAUUCCAUCCGGAGAGGGACGUGACUGACCUUGAUGCUGCCAUUGAAAAGAAAGAUGUGAGCACUCUGGUGAGGAUUCUGUCGAACCGCAGUAACGCUCAGAGACAGAGCCUCGCUCAGACCUACCGCUCGCUCACUGAACAAGACCUCCGAGCGAGGCUGAAGAAGGUUCUGGAUGGAGGUUUAGAGACGUUGAUGCUAGGUCUGAUGAUGACACCGGAACUUUUUGAAGCACAACGUCUGAAACAAGCCAUGGAGGGUCUGGGUACAGAUGAAGAAACCAUUCUAGAGAUCAUGUGUAUUAGGUCACCAGAGCGGCUUUCCGACAUCGCAGCAGAGUACAGUAAAGAAUAUCAGCGUGAUCUGGAGAAGGAUUUGCUCAGUGAGACCAGUGGAGACUUCAGUAAGCUGCUCGUGGCUUUGCUGAAGAAGAAGCAUGUGCCCGGUCAUGUGGACCAGGAUGUUCAAGUUAUAUGCAAAGAGCUCAACAACAAGAAGGCAGAUGUGACACAGUGGCUCCAAAUCCUGACCAUGAGAGAUCCAGACCAUCUCAGAAAUGUGCUGAUUCAUUUGGAAGCUGAACGAGGCCAGCCUUUUACUGCAGAUAUUGAGAAACACUUUGGUGGAAUCCUCUCCAGAGAUGUCAAACUGGGCUUACAGGUCCUCGUGCGCUCCAUCGAGGACCCAUAUCUUUACUUGGCCCAGAGAAUCCAGACUAGGAAGGGGUCAGUGGUGCAAGGAAUAAUAGUGUCUCACAGCGAGGAGGAUCUCCUGGCUGUUAGAGCAGCAUACAAGAAGGAAACGGGAAGAUCUCUUUACACCACCAUACAGGACAAGUUCAAAGGGGACAUCCAGCAGAUUUUGCUAACACUAUGUUGUUCUGAAGACUAAGAAGGCUACAGUUAGUGUACAUCUUAAAAAUAUACUUGUCAUGUGAUCAAAACAAAUAAAGUUUAAAUGCUGUGAAUCAC